AUGAAUAAUAAAGUGUUGCUUCUCUAAAGAAGACCAGAUGAGUCUUUCCCUUAAAACAUGAAUUUCUUUGAAAUACAAUAGUAGCCUACACCUCAAUUGGACAAAGGAGAAAUCCUCAUUCGUGUACUUUUCAUUGGUGUAGACCCUGUCAUGAGAGUUUGGCUAUCAGGUGCUAAAACAUACAUAGAUUCAGUCCAAAUUGGUUAAGUAAUGCCUGCCUUUGGAGUAGGUCAAUGUAUUGAGAGUAAUGCUAAGAGUUGGAAUCCUGGCCAAUUAGUCUUUGGAGUAUUGGAAUGUGCUUAGUACUGUGUGAGAAAGGUCAAUAAACUAUUUAAGGUGCCAUCUUUUGUAGAGAUAGGUGAUCCAAUAAUUCCUCUGACAUUGUCUAUUUAUGGUGUGACAGGUUUGACUGCUUUGAAUGCCAUGAAAUAAAUACCAGAGUCAAAUCGACCGACUCAAGAAAGUCCUAAGACAUUGUGUGUCUCUUCUGCUGCUGGAUCAACAGGAUCAGUUGUUUGCCAAAUAGCAAAGAGAAUGGGAUAUAGAGUUGUGGGAAUUGUGAGUAGUGAGGAAAAAGUUGAAUUCCUAAAGGAACUUGGAGUUGAUGAAUGUGUUACAUAUAAUAAAUGUAAGCAAAAUGAGGAAAUAAAUGUGAAUUAAUUAACACAAUUAUUAAAGUCUCAUGCAUCCGAGGGAAUAGAUGUUUAUUAUGAUAAUGCAGGAGAGGAAAUCUUGGAUGCGGUGAUCCCUGUCAUAAAUAAGAGAGGGUAUGUAUUGUUAUGUGGAGCCACAUCUACAUAUAAUUCAUGGAAGUAAAGAUGCGGUUUAAAGAAUUUGGCUAAGGCUAUUGAAAAUUCAAUCAAAUUUGAAGGAAUAAUGUUUUUGAAUGAAAAACAGAAGAUGUAUGAUGGAUUUGCUGAGAUGGUUGAAAUGGUCAACGAAGGAUCCAUAAAGCAUCAAGAGGAAAUACUUUUAGGAAUAGAAUAAUUCAUAAUUGGACUGUAGAAUGUAUUUUUAGGGAAGAACAAAGGAAAGACGAUCAUUCAAAUAUAUGAUAAUUAAUUAUUAUAGGCUAAAUUAUGAUAAUUACCUUGAUAAAAAUAAA